UAACGGCACUCGACAGUAAACUUACUAACUGUCUUGUGGCCCGUUAUACGCAAACCCUAUUCUUUGGGUAGGUUGAUUGCCGGUUGUCGAGACCUAUUCGCAAAAUAUGUUAAGCCAGCCUAAUGACCCGUCAUAAACCUUAAGCCUUAAGACAAACAGUCUUUUCCGUGAACGAUACUAUUAACAAUAACUGCAAUUUCCCUCACUCUCCGAACGAAGACUUUUCCCCACGAAUAUAAAAGACCUGUGGACCGGGGAGGGGAGUUCAGUUUUUCCUAGACAGUGUCACCGUGACGGAAAGAGAGUUUCGAGUACGAUCUCAUCAAUUGAGGUAUCAUUUCGACAGAGUGCUUACUCCACGUGCUAACUGGGAGUACAACCUAGACGUUGCCGAAGAGUGAAGAGUAAAGAGUCCCGUUGACCGCGGAUUCGUUAUCGGACCUAAGACUAUUGUCAUUAGCAUCAUACUGUAAACAUGCAGUUACACAUCAGAGGAGAACAUACAACUUUGGUCGAGUCACAUGAAAAUGAGACUAUUGCAGACAUAAAGAGAAAAAUUGUUGAGGCAGAGGGUGCUGUAAAUACAGAAUUUAACUUGUACUGUUCUGGUGUCUUAUUAGAAAAUGAUGCUUCAGUUGGAGAUCUUACAUCAAAUAUUCUAGAAUUAACAGUUUCUCUUCCUGGUGGUAAGGUCCAUGGAUCUUUAGCGCGUGCUGGAAAAGUAAAAGCUCAAACUCCAAAGGUGGAGAAACAAGAAAAGAGUAAAAAGAAAACAGGUCGAGCUAAAAGGCGAAUUCAAUACAACCGAAGAUUCGUUAACGUGGUUCAAACUUACAGUCGUCGACGUGGACCGAACGCUAAUACAAAUUCAUAAUUGUAUGCAUAUAUAUUUAUAUAUAUGUAUAUAUACAUAUAUACAUCCUGUAAUUAUGAAAACGAAAUAAAAAGUUAAAUGUAA